ACUCUUCACAGGCUCACGGUAGUCAGUAACUACGAGAGGAAAACGGAUGCAAAUUAACCGGCACCAGAUCUCGCCGCCUCUCCAUUUACAAACCACCACCCGCCGCUUUCCUCAGUUGGUCUCCUCCUCACGCAGCACAAUCCCUCCUAGAGCAAAAGUCCUAAAGGCCUCAAUUAGAUUAGACAAAAAAGACGCGAUUGGAUCACUGGCGAGGGAGGCGUGUUUAGGGGGGUGGCGACCGAAGCUAGCCGCCGAGCUCGGCAGCGUUUUGCGUGAUUGAUUGCGUCCCUAAUCCUCACUCUUUUGCUUCGUUCGCUUUGUCCCUUUCAUCAUCCCCUGUGCUUGUCUCGCCUUCCACAACCCUCUCCCUCUUCCAUCUCAUUUCCGCUGCGGCUGCAACAAUAAAAUAAUAAGUCUCGUGCAGGCGAAGGACGUACGACGACGCGGACGCACCGUCAAAGUCUACAGGCUGCGCAAUCCCUUUCUCCCUCUUAUCCCCAAGGCGAGGAGCUGAGGGGGGGCCCUUCUGCUGCUGUUCUUGUUUCCCCGCUCUCCAAGAUGUCGUCCCCGAGCAAGCGCCGCGAGAUGGACCUUAUGAAGCUGAUGAUGAGCGACUACAAGGUGGAGAUGGUGAACGAUGGGAUGCAGGAAUUCUUCGUCGAAUUCAAGGGGCCGGCCGAAAGUAUCUACCAAGGCGGUGUCUGGAAGGUUAGGGUAGAACUGCCUGAUGCAUAUCCUUACAAAUCCCCGUCCAUCGGCUUCAUCAACAAGAUUUAUCACCCUAAUGUCGAUGAGAUGUCUGGCUCUGUAUGUUUAGAUGUCAUAAACCAAACAUGGAGCCCAAUGUUUGAUCUAGUAAAUGUUUUUGAAGUAUUCCUUCCACAGCUGUUACUAUAUCCAAAUCCUUCUGAUCCAUUAAAUGGGGAGGCUGCAGCACUGAUGAUGCGUGAUCGUCCUGUUUAUGAACAGAAAGGGAAAGGCCUACUUUGCCAUAAUGUUCUACUACAGGUUCAUUCUUUUUUUUGUCAUAUGCAUUGCAACCUAAGUGUAACCCACACUAGAAUGUUCAGGUUCUUCAUGCACCAAAUUAUCAAGAACAGUUCUGAUAUUUUAUUCCCAUAAGUUAGCUUUCUUACACCUAGAUCAGAUCAUACUCCUCGCCUUGUGGCUCCUCCUGAAUCACCUGCUCUUCUCCUGGGGGUGUGAGACAGCAAGGGUGAGCUCACACAUGAUCAUAGCUCAACAAGUUGUGGGGAACCAGUGGACAUGAACUCACAAAGGUGGUAGUUCAUGUGAUGUGUAAGGCUAAUCAAUGACAGGAGUUAAAGCUGAGCAUUGCUUUUAAGUAGUUGGUCAAAAUUUUAUUAGCAGUUACUAAGUGUAAGUAAAUACCAAACCUUAAGUAAAGUAAUUGAACAAAAUUAAUAAUAAACCCAUGCAAUGCAAAUGACAAAAUUGAAUUUAAGUUUCAUAAUUUAAACAUCAGAGAGUCCUCAGCCGCUCAUGACCGUGAGCUCGGCUAGUAUACCAGUUUUACACUCUGCAGAGCUUGUACCCUGUUGGGACUAUGCUUCGUCGCCGAAGGUCUUGAAGGAAGAAGCAAUUUUCUGCUGAAGCUGUUCGUAUGAGAUGACCGAAGGUUCCUCUUCGUGAAGCUUCGGAAUUUAUAAACCGACAUAAAAGUAGAAUGACCUUUUAGUCCAUAUAUGUUUGAGUCACCGUUGUAAUUCCUUAUGAGGGGCAUAAUUAUAAUUCCUCACAGGCCACGCCCUGUGCCUAUAAAUAGGUGAACAGUACCUCUGUACUGUUCACGCAAUCUUGUAAUCACUGGCACAUUACGCUGGAAUCAUUGCUUUCUGCUAAGACGAAGAUAUAAAUGUACCUAAAUGCUAUGUUUCAAUAUUUAAGUUUACAUAAUAAUAUUGUCGGCGUUUCGAGA